AUGCCUCUCUGGAACAUUUUCCACACCGAAGGGAUCUUCGAGUCCCAAGAGGUCCGAAGCAAGCUUGCCGCCGACAUCACCAACCUAUAUACAUCUAGCGGCCUCCCCGGCUUUUACGUUGUUGUUCAUUUCAUCCCCCUUCCUCCAACCAACGUGUUCGUUGCCGCCGAAGCACGAAUCAAGAAACCCUUCGUGCGUUUCGUCGUUGAACAUAUGGCUGUUCACAGAGAAGAAGGUCCCGAAGGCUUCGCUGGGCGUUUCAGUGAUCGUAUCAAUGAAGCGCUGCGCCCUUAUAUUGCCGAGAAGGGAUAUGACUGGGAGAUCACCAUCGCCGACACUCCACGCGAUUUCUGGAGGUUCAAUGGCAUCACACCACCGCCAUGGAGGAGCGAGGCGGAGAAGCUCUGGGCGCAGACUGGCCGACCUAUUGAGUGGAAAACAGAGUAG